CUAAAUUAUAAAGUUAACUCUUAAUUGAUCUGCCUUGCUUGGCACCUGUUUUCUGUCCAGCAUCGUACAGCUGCACUCUCAAACCUUAACUGGUAUCCCGCGUGUCCCAUCCAUUCACGCUGCGUACUCGUGUGCCCACCAGGCGUGUACCAGUCUUGGUGACAGGUUGUUAUGUGGUGAAGUUUUCAGAAGAUUCAAAGUAAGUGCCAAAAGUCACUCCAUCGGUAUGUGUUCGUCAGGUGUCUACUCGGAAUGGAAUUUUUGUUGGCUGAAAAAGAAUCAACUUGCUGUGACUUUUCUGUGUAGCUUGGACUCAUUUCUAGCACUGUGAUGGAGCACAUACACUGAGUUUAUGAUAGUUUGAAAGGGGAUUUAAGAAUUCACGAUGAAUGGCGCGUCGCCGCUUGACGGCUACAACAGCGACGGCCAGCUCAACAGUGGCGUCAACACGCCCGUCAACGCCACCAUGCUGAACAACCGCUCCAUCCCGCCCAUCCGGGUGCUGAGCGGCACGCCCUGCCCGCCCUCCAAUGCCAACACCCCGGUGCCCUGCAACAACCAUGUCAACUUCAUCAAGCAAGAGGCCCCUGGCAACAAUAGCGGGCACGGCCAGGGGAUCCAACUGCCGUCCCUGUCGACGUUUGGACAGACGCUGACCAAUGGGAAGACGCCGGAGAAAGGCCUGGCUAAUGGGCCGGGUGAGGAAGGCAUGAAAUCGGAGGCUGAUUUCCCUGUCGGCUUUGGCACGUCAGAAUUUAUGGGACAGGAGGACUACACGAAAAACAAAGGUAGGAAAUCCAUGUUUUUCAAAUCUGUAACAAAACUGGCUCUUUGCUACAAUCCAAGCCAUAUCUCGCUGGGCCCCCCCUCCCCCGGGCCCCUGGCCAAUGUUGCCUCUCAUUACGCGUUCUGUGUUCCAGCUGGGGAUCACAACAUUGACCAGGGAACAGGAGAGUAG